UUAUAUCAUUUUCUAGAUCCUCCUCUGGUUAAAUGGAUGUAUUCGUUUCAGAUUUGAGAGGAUGAAGAGAAGUUUGAAAAGUGUUGCAAAAGUAAUAGGAACAUGUGUCUGUGUGGGAGGAGCCAUGGCAAUGACUUUUCUAAGAGGACCUAAACUGCUCAACGCCCUGUUGAACCAAGACAACACAACCUGGUUACUAGGCUGCUAUUUUCUUCUUAUUAGCACCUUCGCUUGGUCCUCCUGGUUGAUCCUCCAGGUUAACAUAUCUGUUCAUUGUCCUGAUCACUUGUACACUACCUCCUGGACUUGUUUCAUGGCCACCAUAGCCUCUUUCCUCAUGGCUCUCGCCUUAGGCAACACAGACUUACAUUCUUGGAAGCUUGAUUCCUCAUUGAAGCUCUCGUGCUGUGUAUACUCUGGACUCCAGUUGGCUGUGUUUUUCUUUUUACAAGCUUGGUGUGUGUCGCGGAAAGGACCUCUUUUCUCCGCUCUCUUCAGUCCUCUUUCAACGGUCAUUAUCACUUUCUUCGGUGCUCUGUACUUAAGAGAACAGACGUACCUCGGAAGGUACACCAUAUCGGUCUCUUUUCUUACUGCCCUCUCUUUGUUCUCAAGCUCACUUCACAACUUUUAUCUGCUUUGUUCGUUUUUUUUUUCAGCUUGCUGGGGGCUUUGGCUAUCAUCCUUGGCCUCUACAUUGUUCUCUGGGGAAAAUCCGAAGACUAUCAAGAAGAAGCAACAGAAAUGAAGUUGCAAGAUGAUCAUACCAAUCUAUCUCAAC